AACCCAUUUGAUCACAUAUUGAGAAGCAAAGGGUCAGGAGAGAGAUAUAGUCUCAUUUUGGCCCUUUGAAAGAAGGUGGUGCAAAACCAUACAAUGAUGCAGUCAGAAGGUGUUCCCCUAUGCAACACUUGUGGGGAACAAGUGGGACUUGAUCAUAAUGGGGAGGUGUUUGUGGCUUGCCAUGAAUGCAACAUCCCAAUUUGCAAGGCUUGUUUUGAGCUUGAAAUUAAUGAGGGCCAUACAGUCUGCUUGAGGUGUGACACACCCUAUGAAGGGAGAACAAAGGAUGAUGAAGGCGAUGACAUGAAGAUUCAUGAAAAUCAAUCCACAAUGACAUCUGAAAUCAGUAGCGCUCAGGAUGUUGGACUCCAUGCUAGACAUGUCAGUACAGUGUCCGCGGUCGAUAGUGAAGUAAAUGUUGAAUCUGGAAAUUCAAUCUGGAAAAAUAGAGUGGAAAGCUGGAAGGGAAAGAAUAAAAAGAACAAGAAGAAAAAGGAUGCACCUAAGGCAGAAAAUGAGGUCUCAAUUCCACCAGAGCAGCAGAUGAAUGAAACUCGGCCCACAGAAGCUGCUGCUGAGCCACUUUCAGUAGUUAUUCCAAUGUCAAAAUCUAAAAUUGCACCAUACAGAACUGUGAUAAUCAUGCGACUGAUAAUCUUGGGCUUUUUCUUCCAUUAUCGAGUCACAAAUCCUGUUGAUAGUGCUUUUCCUCUGUGGUUGACAUCUAUCAUCUGUGAGAUCUGGUUUGCAUUUUCCUGGGUGUUAGAUCAGUUCCCUAAAUGGUGUCCCGUCAAUAGGCAAACUUUUAUCGACAAUCUGUCUGCAAGGUUUGAAAGGGAGGGGGAAGCCAAUGAACUUGCUGCUGUUGAUUUCUUUGUCAGUACCGUCGAUCCUUUGAAGGAGCCUCCAUUGAUCACAGCUAAUACAGUCCUUUCUAUCCUUGCGGUUGACUACCCAGUAGAGAAAGUAUCCUGUUAUGUGUCAGAUGAUGGUGCUGCAAUGCUCACAUUUGAAUCUCUUGUGGAGACUGCUGAUUUUGCAAGGAAGUGGGUGCCAUUUUGCAAAAAGUUUUCAAUUGAACCAAGAGCACCUGAGUUUUACUUCUCUCAGAAGAUUGACUACUUGAAGGACAAAGUGCAACCUUCUUUCGUGAAGGAGCGAAGAGCCAUGAAGAGAGACUAUGAAGAAUAUAAAGUACGAGUUAAUGCUUUGGUAUCUAAGGCUCAAAAAACACCAGAAGAUGGAUGGACUAUGCAAGAUGGAACGCCUUGGCCGGGAAAUAACUCACGUGAUCACCCUGGCAUGAUUCAGGUUUUUCUUGGACUCACGGGUGCUCGUGACACAGAAGGAAAUGAACUUCCGAGGUUGGUUUAUGUUUCCAGAGAGAAAAGACCAGGUUACCAACACCACAAGAAAGCUGGUGCUGAAAAUGCACUCGUGAGGGUGUCUGCAGUUCUCACAAAUGCUCCCUUCAUUCUCAAUCUUGACUGCGAUCAUUAUGUUAACAACAGCAAGGCUGUUCGGGAAGCAAUGUGCUUUCUCAUGGAUCCAGAAGUUGGUAGAGAAUUGUGUUACGUGCAGUUCCCCCAAAGAUUUGAUGGUAUUGAUCGUAGUGAUCGAUAUGCCAAUCGCAAUACAGUUUUCUUUGAUGUUAACAUGAAAGGACUUGAUGGCAUUCAAGGACCAGUAUAUGUGGGAACUGGAUGUGUUUUCAAUAGACAAGCACUUUAUGGCUAUAGCCCACCUUCUAUGCCCAACUUACCAAAAUCAUCAUGCUGUUGCUUCCCCUCAAAGAAGUCCACUAAAGAUGUCUCGGAGUUUCACAGAAAUGCAAGGAGAGAACAACUUGAUGCCGCCAUUUUUAAUCUCAAGGAGAUAGACAAUUAUGAUGAGCAUGAGAGGUCAAUGCUGAUUUCGCAAAUGAGCUUUGAAAAAACUUUUGGCUUGUCUACUGUUUUCAUUGAAUCUACACUAAUGGAGAAUGGAGGAGUGCCUGAAUCUGCAGACCCCUCGAUGCUGAUAAAGGAGGCCAUUCAUGUAAUUAGCUGUGGAUAUGAAGAGAAAACUGAAUGGGGAAAAGAGAUUGGUUGGAUUUAUGGUUCAGUCACAGAGGAUAUCUUAACGGGGUUCAAGAUGCAAUGUCGAGGAUGGAGAUCAAUUUACUGCAUGCCCUUGAGGCCUGCAUUCAAAGGGUCAGCACCUAUCAAUCUGUCUGAUCGGUUGCACCAAGUCCUUCGAUGGGCACUUGGAUCAGUUGAAAUUUUCUUAAGUAGACACUGCCCCCUCUGGUAUGGAUUUGCAGGAGGCCGUCUCAAAUGGCUGCAGAGAUUGGCUUAUAUAAACACCAUUGUCUACCCUUUUACAUCCCUUCCUCUUGUUGCUUAUUGCUGUUUACCAGCAAUUUGCCUCCUCACAGGAAAAUUUAUCAUACCAACGCUUUCCAACCUUGCAAGUGUUCUCUUUCUUGGACUUUUCCUCUCCAUCAUAGUGACUAGUGUACUUGAGCUGCGCUGGAGUGGUGUCAGCAUUGAAGAUUUGUGGCGUAAUGAGCAGUUCUGGGUGAUUGGAGGUGUUUCAGCCCAUCUUUUUGCUGUGUUCCAAGGUCUUCUUAAGAUGUUGGCAGGCGUUGAUACCAACUUCACUGUCACUGCUAAGGCUGCAGAAGACACCGAGUUUGGUGAACUUUAUCUUGUCAAGUGGACUACUCUCUUGAUUCCUCCAACAACCCUUAUUGUUGUUAACAUGGUUGGUGUUGUUGCUGGAUUUUCUGAUGCACUAAAUGGGGGAUAUGAGUCUUGGGGACCACUUUUUGGGAAAGUGUUCUUUGCCUUCUGGGUGAUUUUUCAUCUCUAUCCAUUCCUCAAGGGUCUCAUGGGUCGCCAAAACCGCACUCCCACCAUUGUUGUUCUCUGGUCAGUGUUGUUGGCUUCUGUCUUCUCUCUUAUUUGGGUCAAGAUAAAUCCAUUUGUGAACAAAGUUGACAGCUCAACCAUCGCGGAGACCUGCAUUGCCAUAGAUUGUUAAGUCACCACCACAAGAGUGCUUACCAAGACUUUUUGAAAAUAUGUAAAUGAUACAUGGAAUAUUUAUUUGAUCCGCGGCUUGUGCAAGCAAUAAGGAUUAGUUCUUUCUUGAAGUGUGUAGCCAUAUUUUGAACUGAAU